AAUAUAUUAAGGAUUGCUACUUAAUAUUUUUAAUAUCAAAUAUGAAUAGAAGAAUAGUAUAUUAGGGAGAAAAAGCAACAGUUAAAUAUGAAGGUCCGUUAAUUCAUGAAAAUAAAGAGGAGGAAAUUUGGUUAGGAGUUGAAUGGGAUUAAGUUUAAAGAGGAAGACAUAAUGGAACUGUUUGUGGAUACUCAUAUUUCAAGACAACUGAUGGAAAAAAUUCAGGGAGUUUAUUAAAGAAAGAAAAAGUUAGUUUUGGUCAUAGAUUAUGGGAAGCAUUAUUUUUGAAAUAUUUCAAAGAAAUCCCUCCUUAAUUAUUGUAAGAAAUGGAAUUGAAGGAAUAAGUAAAAGAUGAAUUUCUUUAAGAGCAUUAAGAUCUAACAAAUAAUUAAGAUGAUAAAAGCAAAAUGAUUACCCUUAUUAAUCAAAAAUAAGUGAAAAUUGAAUUCGAUGACACAGCUUUUUUUGAAACAAUGAAAAAAAGAAAAAAAAUGGUAGAAUUUUAUGGAUUUGAUGAGAUAUACAAAAAAUUAAAUAAUUUAGAAACCUUAUAGGAGUUAUCAUUAGAGUCUUAAAAUGUAUCAACAAUAGGACCAUUUGGUUUUGUUGGUAGUAUUUUUAAAAAUCUAAAAAUUUUGGGAUUAGAAAACAAUUUAUUUAAUUCCUGGCAUUAAAUAUUUGUUUUGGUAUCAUAACUACCAACUUUAAAAGAAUUAUCCAUAUCAAAUAAUAAAUUAUAAAAAUUGGAAACAUUCGGUUAAGAAUAGUUUUAAGAUUAAAUAUUGACUUAAUCUCCUGAAUAUUUGAUUUAUGAUUAUGAGUAAGGAAAACACUUAGAAAUUUCUGUAAAUGGUUGUGGUUCUCAUUUAGAAGUUUUGGUUUUAAUAGAAAUGUAAUUAACUUGGUAGGAUAUUUCCUUAAUUAUUCCUGCAUUUCCUAUGGUUUAAUAAUUAUUAUUAUGUAAGAAUAAUUUGGUUGAUUAUGAGAAUUUGAAAUUUAGAAACACAGAUUUAUAGGCUUUAAAAUUAUUGAAUUUGCAAUAAACUGACUUAUCAUAAUUUGAAUGUAUUUAAAAAUCAUUUGGAAAUUUGCCAAAUUUAGAGAGACUUAUUUUAAAUAGAAAUAAUUUAAAGGAUUUACCCUUAGUUACUGAUUUUAAUGCUCUAAGACAUAUAGCUUUAGAUCAUAAUCAAUUUAUAUAACCAUAAUUUUUAAAUAAAUUAAGAAAUUUAUAAUUAAAUUCCUUAUCCAUCAAACAUAAUCCAUUGGUUGAUAAAUUAGGUAAAUUAUAUGUUAGGUAAAGAGCCAUUGCAGAGGUUUCUAGUGUUUAAAUUAUAAAUGGUAGUGAAAUAACUAAAUUUGAAAGAAAGGACUCUGAAAUAUUUUAUUUAAAAUCUUCAUUUGAAGAAUAUUUCUUAUUAAAAAAUGUAAAGCAUUACUAUUAUGAUUUUGAUGAUUUUACUAAUUAUGCUAAGUAAAAUCAUCCAAAAGUUAUUGAAUUAAUAAAAAAAUAUGGAAAUCCUUAUGAAAUAGAUCCAACUGUUAAAGGAGCAUAUACUUAAGCAAAAUUACAAGUAUAAUAACCUUAAUAUUGCACAAUUAAAAUAAUUGAUCAUGUUGGAAAACUAAAAGAUAAACCAACUCCUAAAAAACUUAUGGGAAGUACUGGAUUAUAACCUGUUAAAAUGAUGAUUUCAAAAUUAGUUAACAUACCUAUCAAAUAGAUAGCUUUAUCAAUUUAAGUUUUAUUUUUUAUUUUAUUUUAGGUAACUGAUGAUGCUGAAAUAAUUAAUAUGGAAGGAAAAGAUAUGACUUUAAAUGAUUUUGGUGUUCAAGACAAUAGUCUCAUUCAUGUUAAUGUGAUACCAGAAUGA